GUUAUUAUAUAUUUUAUCUAUAACCAUGUUACCUAUUUGGUAUUUCUUCAAUUUUCAUAGAUAAUAAUUAUUCAGUUAAAUUUUGAUUCAUAGAUUAAAGAUGUUCUGAAUUUGAAUGCAAAAACCGUGUAUACCCAUGUUUGAAUGUGUGAUUUUAAUAUAAACUUAGAUUAAAUUUUUAUAUUGUACAUUAUUAGUUAAAUACUUAAAACUUUUAUGAUGACUUCUAAUUUUAAAGUAAAAAAAUUUGAGAAGAUGAUUCGUGGUGAUCCAGUUAGUGAACAGGUAUCUUACAAAAAACAAAUAAUUGAUGUAAUUAAAUUCAAUGAAUUGGAGGAUCUUAAGCAAUGUAUAUUUGUGAACUCACUGAGUUAUAUCAGUGAUGACGUCUUGAGGGAAAAAUGUCAGGAUAUAAUUACACAUUAUCGACUUUUUAAAGAUGACGAGUCACAUUAUCAGGUUAAAGAAUUGUCAGAUGAUGAAAAAGCAAAAGUGGAAAAAUGUAUUGGUGUUUGCAUCCAAAAAGAGUGUGCUAGAAUUAUUAGAGAAAAAGAAUCCAUUCCUUCAGGUACCAAUGUUAAUUACAGAAAUAAAUUAUUAGAUUUAAAAUUUUAAAAUGUAUUUAUUUUUUUAGACCUAUUUAAAUUAAUUGAAUCUGAUGAAAAUAUGCUAUAUACUCUAAGCACUAAAUUAAAUAAUAUGGUAUCGCUUUUAAAUAAGUACACCAGUAACCAAAGAGAAAUAAGUAACUCUAUUUUUAGAUUAUUGGAUAGUAGCUCUAUCAAUAUUAUUGAAGCACAAGAACUAUCCAAACAUUUGGAUGUUAUUAAAGCUAAUUCACAGUAAGAAAUAACAAGAUAUAUUUUUUUCAAUUUAUCUAAUUAAUAUUUUUAGUAAAUUACAGAAUAAUAUCAUCGCCAAAUUUCCAUGUUCGGAUGCAUUGUUAAUUUCAUUAGAAAAAUACUACAAUGCUAAAAAAAUUGAAUACACUGACAAUUUGGCAAAGUUGGAGGAUUUAAAGAAAUUACAGGGCAUGUACAAGCAAGUAGAUGGGCCACAAUAUAGAACAUUAAUUAAAAAAUUUAUACAAACACAGGAAAUUAUAAAAAUAAAAACAGAUAUGUUUAAUAGUUGUUAGACAGAAUAUUUGCUAUAUGUAAAUAUGAAAAUUGUAUUAUCUUUUUAUCACAAUACAGAUUAAAUUGAACAUGUAGUAGAUUAAUUUAAUUUUAUAUUUCUACUUAAUUAUUGUAAAUAAAGUUCAAUUUUCAGAAUUUUACUUACAAACUUUAUAUUAAAAGUGUAAUGUAGUAAUAAUUUUGUUUGCAAAACCUACUUGUACUUUCAUUAUUUACUCAAUGACAACUGUGAAUAAAUGGUAAAUGUGAG